AUGAUUAGGACUGUGAAACCAAAAAAUGCAAGAGCUAAAAGAGCUCUCGACAAGAAAGAGCCUAAGAUGGUGGAAAAUACCAAGCAGGCGCUAUUCGUUACGGGAAAGAGCUCCAACCAGGUUUUGCAUGAUGCUAUGGUGGAUCUAGGGGCCCUAAAAAAACCAGAUUUGAAACGUUUCAACAAGAGAAACGAAGUACGUCCUUUCGAAGACGCCGAGCCAUUAGAGUUCUUUAGCGAAAAAAAUGACUGCUCGCUACUUGUGCUCAGCACGAGCUCCAAGAAGCGGAAGAACAAUCUCACUUUUGUCCGCACCUUUGGCUACAAGGUCUACGAUAUGAUUGAGAUGCAAAUUUCCGAGAACUACAAAUUUCUUUCCGAUUUUAAGAAGCAAACUUUUGCAGUAGGACUGAAGCCAAUGUUCUCGUUCCAAGGUGCUGCUUUUGAUACACACCCUGUCUAUAAACAAGUCAAAUCCUUGUUCCUAGACUUCUUUAGAGGCACUACAAGUGACUUGCAGGACGUUGCUGGGCUUCAGCAUGUGAUUUCCGUUACUGUUCAAGGUGACUUCGAAGACGGUGAACCUCUACCCAAUGUGCUAUUUAGAGUUUACAAGCUAAAAACCUACAAGAGCGAGCAAGGCGGUCCUAAACUACCUCGUGUCGAGCUAGAGGAAGUUGGACCUCGUUUUGACUUUAAAAUUGGACGUAUUCGCUCGCCAUCGCCAGAAUUAGAAAAGGAAGCCCUAAAGAGAGCCAAGCAAUUGGAGCCAAGGACAAUCAAGAACAUAUCGUCCGAUGAUAUGGGUGAUAAAUUUGGUACAAUCCACAUGGGUAAACAAGAUCUCGGUAAAUUGCAAACACGUAAGAUGAAGGGUUUAAAGCCAAAGUUUGAUCAAACGCGUGGAGAUUCAGAAACUGAAGACUACAUGGAUGACGACGAGAAAGAUUUGCAAGGUGGGGCGGAAGAAAGCUAUGGCGAGGACUUCGUAACCGCUACAGAUAUCGAUGUGGAGCCUCCUGCCAAGAGGUUCAAGAAAUAG